AUGGGCUGGAAAGAUGUGGUACGUGUUUUCAAACGGCUGAAUAAUGUUUUUGAAAAGUAUGAAAAGUUGCCCUCGUUUAUAUUGAAACCAAAACAAGUUCAAUGUUUCGAGUAUUUAGGAGAAGGACACCACGCUAUAGCUGUUUUGCCUACAGGGUUUGAUCAGCUGGUAUAUUUAACUAAAGUAGGCAUUGAAUGUGGUUUCUUACAACUCGAAGACCAAGCUAAUAGUCAGAAGUACGAACCCUUGUUUGAAGAAGAUUUGAAUGAUGCAUCAAAUUCUACUUUCAAAAUUUCAAAAAGCAUUGUUGCAGGCAAUUGUAAAAUUUUAUUUGCACAUCCAGAGUCCCUGUUAUCAGAUCAGGGAAGGAAAAUAUUAAGAUCAAAAAUUGAGGAAAAUGUUGUGGCUUGUGUUAUAGGCAAGGCGCAUUGUGUGGAAUUAUGGGGUGGAGAAUUUCGUACAGAAUUUCAAUACUUAUCAGUUUUCCAAGCAUUCUUCCCUCACAGUAUCAUGUUAGCUUUGACUGCAACUGCUUCACCCACAAAAUUACGUAAUUUUAAAAAAGCUUUGAAAAUACCAACGGAUGAUUAUUUGAGAGGAAUUUAA